GAAAGACUAGCCUUUGUCUGGCUUUGGCGCAUUUGUUUGGAUUUGGUCAUGUUCAAAACGAUAACAUUACCGGAAAGGAGACGAGAUCAAAAUUUCAUAAAGCAAUCUUGACAGAGUUUGAGACAAAGGAGGUUGUCAUAGCGGACAGGAAUAAUCACGUUAUUAAAUUGAGAGAAACGCUCAUCGAUGCAGUGCGAGUACGGUAUCCAAACGUUCACAUUAUUGCAAUCACCUGGAAAUACCCUUCAAAAGACGAAGUUUUCCAGAUAACUGUUGAAAGAGUCCGGAACCGGGGCAAAAAUCACCAGUCCCUUACAACAGAUAAUGUAGGAUAUGAGAAAAUUAUCAAAAGUUUCUUAAAUACAUUCCAACCGAUAAAUACUGACAAGAGACCCGACAACCUGGUCGAAGAUGUUAUAGAAGUUGAGAUUACAUCAGAUAUAAAGACAAGUCUACUAACGGUUAUAGAUAAAUUGAAACCUUUACUUGACGUAAAGAAACCAGGCGACGAUGAAUUGGAAAACGUAUUGGAAGCUGUCACAAGUUAUAAGCCAUCUAUUAAGAAGGCGAUCAAAAAGGCAAAACCGUUUUAUUAUGCGAUUCCAAUCCGAGAUGAUCUAGAGGACGUUAUUAGGGAGUAUUUCUCGACACACCCGAACGCCGAUUCUAAAUUGUUUAACGAUCUGGUUAAAUCUGACCGCAUUUUCAAGAAUCUUCACGUAACUCUUUGCCACAGGGAGGAUGUAAAGGCCAAUCAAUCAUUGAGAACUCAAUGGAACCGCUUGAAUAAUCUGGUUAACACUGAGGUGCAGAUCACCUUGGAUAAGUUGGUCUUUGACUCUGAAGUUAUGGCGCUUACCGUUAAAGAUAUCUCUCCUAAUAGUAUCCCAUGUGUAAACAAGUAUCCCCACAUAACGGUUGGAACUAUUAGUCCUGAAGUCAAACCGUUCAAAGCCCUUAAAUUGUUGGAAAAGGCUUUUGAUAUGAGAUCAGAGGGGGUUACCGUAAUAGAUUUGCAAGAUCGACCUUUAACAUUGGAAGGACAUGUUCAGGGAGUAUACAACGUAUAG